AUGUCUUCGGUAGCUGGCGGGAAUCGCUCAUCUCGUCAUCAUCAUGAAAACCUACUUUACCAUGAAAUGGGCCCGGCCUCGGCUAGAAACUCCACUACUACAAACAAUAUAGACGGUAGUAGAGCUGCGGGCGGCUCAGGUGCUAAUACUGGUGCAGGAGCCGUUGGAGGAGUAGGAGGCUCUACCUCAGUUGGGGCCGCUACCUUAAUACCUGGUGUACAAGAUAUACCACCAGAUAUGGCGAUCUUGCUUCAGAAGCUAGAAGAAGACUUUACGAUUAACAAGUCUAUCGACCAGUGGACAUAUAUCAAUAGAAGGGAAGAAAUUAUCCAACUGGUACAGAGAUUACAUCAGCAACAGCAGCAGCAGGACCGAGAGGAAGCUGCCUUGGAUGGUGAUCUCCUUCAGAAACCAAUCUAUCCAAGAAGACCACAACUCCCCAUGACUCCAUCUUCCACUUCGGCAUCUUUAUCGUCAUCGUCAUCGUCAUCGUCUUUAUUAAGUGUAUUGGCCAAGAGAGCAGCCGUUUAUAAAACUGAGCAGGUCAUAGUUUGCUUAGACUCUAGAGGAAAGGAAACCUCCUCAAUGAUAUGGGAAAAAUUGUAUCUCAAGGCAGUGAAGGUUGCCUGUGAGAUAAAGAACAAGUUAGCAUUAAAAAACUCAGAUGCUGUUGUUUUGCUCUAUAAGGAGAACGAAGUAGCCGAGUUUACGGUGGCUCUUUUUGGCUGUUUCAUGGCUAACGUCCCAGCCAUUCCAAUACAUCAGGAUAUUUCAUUACCAGAAGUUCUUGACAUAAUUAAAGUCACCUCAAGUAGAUUACUUCUUUUUUCUGACACAGUUUCAAGGGAUUUAGACAAACUUACAACUUCUAAUGCGGGACAUUCCAAGUUUACGUGGCCAACAAAGCUUCUUCGCUGGAGAACUACAGAAUUGGGAUCUGCGAAAAAGUCUGAACUUGUUAGUUGGGUUUCUAAGUCCAAUCAACAGCAAUUGGCUAAGCAGAGAGAGAACUCUGAUUUAGCAUAUAUAGAAUACUCAAGAUCUCCAGUGGGCGAAUUGAGAGGUAUUGCUGUGAGCCAUAGAACCAUUCAGCAUCAGAUGAACUGUUUAAAUGAAACUUUAUCUAGUUUACCUGCAUCUGGUGGAGGACUUCAAAGAAGUGUUAAAGAUUAUCAGAGAUCGAGGAAAGUCGUGCUAGCAACAUUGGAUACAAGGAAUUCCAUUGGUUUAAUAUUGGGGGUGAUGUUUACAAUUUAUCUGGGUAACUUACUUUGUUGGGCUCCCCAAAGGGCUAUGGAAAUUCAAGGUUUGUAUGCUCAUAUAAUAUCCAAAGUGAGAGCUUCAUUAUUGUUAGCAGACUAUUUUGGAUUGAAAAGGGUAACGUACGAUUAUCAAUCAUCGCCCAAUGCUACAAGGUAUUUCUCGAAAACGCAAAAGGUGGACUUCCUGUCUGUUAAGUGGGUUCUUGUCAAUGCUCUUACUGUAGAUGGAGAGUUUACUGAGAUUUUGUCGCAGAGAUAUUUGAAGCCGUUAGGUUGCCAAGAUCCUGAGAAGGCUGUUAUACCAAUGUUGACAUUAAGUGAAUACGGAGGAAUGGUAAUAUCGUUGAGAGACUGGUUAGGUGGUAAAGAUAAGUUGGGGAUUGAGAAAGAACCCAAUGAGGAUGAAACUGAAGAAGUUGAAGACAUAGUAAAGUCCAGUGAACUCAGUGGAGUCCUUAUUGACAAAGAAGCACUCUCAAGAAAUAUUGUGAAAGUUAUUGAAUCCAAUCCCUCAAAUUUUGAUGAAUUAUCUAACGAUGUCCUUAGGGUUGAUUCAUUCGGAUAUCCACUACCUGACGCGACUUUGGCAGUUGUCAAUCCAGAACUGAAUAUUCUAUCCCGAAAAGGUGAAUUGGGAGAAAUUUGGAUUGAUAGUCCCUGUCUUAGUGGUGGAUUUUAUGGAUUGAGGAAUGAACUGAAACUGAUAUUUCAUGCCAAGUGCAGAGAUCACAUUGGAACUUUGGAAAUGGACUUUUUAAGAACAGGUUUAUUGGGAUUUACUUAUGAAGGAAAAGUUUAUAUUUUGGGAUUAUAUGAAGAUAGGAUUAGACAAAGAGUGAGUUGGAUAGAUCAAAAAAUUUACAAUAAGCUCAAUAGACCGCUCAUAAUUGGGAAUGGAUCAAGAUACCAUUACUCAUCUCAUUUGCUUGCCACAUUAGCAAACGAAGUAAGGCUGAUAUACGACUGUACAAUUUUUGAUGUCUUCAUUGGAAAUGAGUACUUACCUGUUGCAAUAGUUGAAGCUGAAGUAAUAAGGAAAGUGGUAGGGGAUCCAGAUAAUGAAAUAAGUGGUGCUUCUGGUGACGGUGGCGGAGGAGGUAAAGGAGGGGUCAAGGGAAGCGCAGGCGGAGGGUCAGAUGGAAUCGCUGCUCCAGUUCAAUAUUCUCCAAUUCCAUUGAAUGAACCUGUAUUGAAUCAAAUUGCUCAAAGAUGUUUUGAUGUCUUGCAUAAGAAGCACUACUUGCGUCUUUACUGUGUCUUGGUGGUCGAUUGUGAUACUUUACCCAAAAUCAUGAGAUCGGGAGGUACUGAAAUCGCCAAUAUGUUAUGUAAGAGGAGAUUCUUAGAUGGUUCUUUGAGGGCAGAAUUUGUAAAAUUCUUCGUGAGAAACUCAAUUAGUAUGAUUCCCCAUGGGGAGGAUGUGAUAGGAGGGAUCUGGUCUCCAUUCAUCUCAAAGUUUAGAUCGUCAACUAUUUCCCAAUUUCCCCAACAAUAUUCCACGAUUGACUAUAGAGAAAAGUCAAUAGACGAUAAAACAGGAGCGCCAUUGACUGAUUUCAAAACAAUUAUUGAUAUUUUAAAAUUUAGGGUUUCCAAAUCAGGAGAUUCAACUGCAUUCCAAAAUUUGGAUAACUUUGGUAAAUCAAGUUCGGCUAAUAAGGCUUUGACUUGGAAAAAGUUGGAGCAAAGAAUUUAUGCGGUGUGUAGUUAUUUGAUUGAUAAAGCUGCUAUAAAGCCUGGUCAAUAUGUUAUCUUGAUGUAUUCCUUGCUGGAAGAGUUCAUCAUUGCCGUUUACGCCUGUUUAUUCUGUGGGAUUAUACCCAUUCCGAUGUUGCCUUUUGAUUCUAACAGAAUCGGAGAAGAUUUCCCUGCUUUCGUUGGAGUUAUCAGAGAUUUCGAUGUACAAGAUAUUCUCGUAAAUGAGGAGGUUGAAAAGUUUUUAAAAAACGGACCAGUUGCAGACGGAAUUAAGAAAAUGAAUAACAAAAGAGGAAUUAAGCCACAGAGAAUUAAAAAUACUACAAAAUUAGUGAAAUUCAGUAAUGCCGCUUCGCUUAAUUCGAAAAUUGCAAAAUAUCAAGCAGCAGUUAACUUUAGAGAUGAAAAAAGUGUUGCUUUAGUUUGGUUAAGUUUUACCUCGGACCAUUAUCGAAUUGGAGCCACCUUAAGUCAUAAGAAUAUCCUUGGAAUAUGUAAGGUUUUUAAGGAGACUUGCAACUUACUGUCGAAACUGUCAAUUGUUGGAUGUGUACGUCAUGCGCUGGGUAUUGGAUUCGUCCAAGCAGUUCUUCUCGGAGUAUUCUUGGGAACUACAACAUAUUUGAAUUCUCCAGUGAGCUAUGCUGAGAAUCCAUUGUCAUUUUUCCUCUCUUUGGCGAAAUAUAAAGUUAAGGAUGUUUUCGUUACUGAACAAAUGUUGAAAUAUGCUACAAUUAAGUUUACGCCCAAGGGUUUUAACUUAGGAUUUUUGAAGAAUAUGAUGAUCCUGACAGAAGGCAGAGUUGAGACUGAUUUAUUGAGGAAAAUCGGAAACAUUUUCCAACCAACAAAAUUAGGUGCUUCCGCAAUGGCAACCGUUUAUUAUCAUUGUUUCAACCCUAUGAUUUCGACCAGAUCUUAUAUGACCGUAGCUCCGGUGGGUCUUUAUUUGGAUCCAGCUGCGUUAAGACAAGGUUAUGUCUCUGUUGUAAAUCCUUCUGAAGCUCCAAAUGCACUUUAUAUUCAAGAUUCUGGUAUGGUCCCGGUUUGCACUGAAAUAGCUAUCGUGAACCCAGAGACGAAUAAGGUUUGUAAUGAAGGAGAAUUCGGUGAAAUUUGGGUAAACUCAGAGGCAAAUUUGUCAUCUUUUACCAAUGGUCCGAAAGGCCCUGUAGAUAAGUUCAGUAAACUGCAAUUUAUGGGAAAAAUCGAUGGUGGCAACGAAAAUAUUGAAUAUUUAAGAACUGGGGACUUAGGAUUCUUACAUAAUAUUAGCAUAACUAAAACCAAGGGUGAAGUCGAUGAUGGCUUUGAAGUGUCGACUUCAAAGACUGGAAGCACGGGCACCAAGGGAUCAGAGAUUUCGACGUUUCAACCAUUGUUUGUAUUAGGUAAGAUUUCCGAUACAUUUGAAGAAAUGGGAUUACAUCACUUUCCAAUUGAUAUUGAAAAUACUAUUGAAUCUUGUCACUACGAUAUUUUCAGGAAUGGUUCAUGUAUUUUCAAAUGUGCAGACUUUACCGUAGUUGUCUGUGAACUGAGAAGACAGAGGCAUUUUGCUUCGCUCGUCCCUCUAAUUGUCAAUACUGUUUUGAGUAAGCAUCACUUGAUUGUUGAUAUAGUUGCAUUCAUGAAGAAAGGAGAAUUCCCUAUUCUGAGAUUGGGAACUAAACAAAGAGCCAGAAUAGUCGAUGCGUGGGUGCAAGGUGUCUUGCCAAUAGUUGCUUCAUACGGAGUAAACAAUGGAGAAAAUAGUAUGAUUAAAUUGGUCAAAGAAAUUGAUUCCAUUGCUAGAGAUCACCCAAUAACUGGGUUAAAGAACCCUGCAUUUUCAUAUUUCGAUACCGUUGAAGAGCCUGAUGAUGUAUUUGCAGAUAAUCGCGAAAAUUUGUUGACGUUGAAUUAUGACCAUAAGGCGGUAUUUACUGUUUCCAAUGACACUUUAUAA